GAGUCGGUCGGAAUGAGUGGUGGUGGGAUAGAGGCUCCUGUGGGUUGUGAGGCCGCCCCGAGCGGCGGCGGCGGCAGGAAGACCCCAGCGGGUUCAGCGCACCUCGUUAUCAAGGAUCUUGGAGAAAUUCAUUCAAGGCUUUUGGAUCACAGACCAGUUAUUCAAGGUGAAACUCGUUAUUUUGUAAAAGAAUUUGAAGAAAAACGUGGUCUUCGAGAAAUGCGAGUUCUUGAAAACUUGAAGAAUAUGAUCCAUGAAACAAAUGAACAUACUCUUCCCAAAUGUAGAGAAACAAUGCAGGACUACUUAAACCAAGUUCUCCAGAGAUUGCAAGCAGCUAAUGACUCAGUCUGUAGACUCCAGCAGAGGGAACAGGAGCGAAAAAAGAGUACUCCCACACGGAAGAAGGCCCUCACCAGAUGCACCGCCUGGACUGUGGACUUCCCAGCCUCCAAAACUCAUCUGAGUUACCAGUAUGUGAGUUCACCAUGCGCCCCUUUUUCGUUAGAGCUCUGGAAUCAAUACACCAUUCAUAAUGACCAUUUAAUUGCUAGUGAGAAACAGCAUAUACUCCAGUGGGAAGAUUUCAUGAAAGAACAACCCAACAAACGGGCUGAAGUGGAUGAAGAGCACAGAAAAGCCAUGGAGAGGCUUAAAGAACAGUAUGCUGAGAUGGAGAAGGACCUAGCGAAAUUUUCAACCUUUUAAGAACUUGAAUCACAAUAAUGACUAAUGAGAAAACAUCGACUUCUCCCCUAAAAAAUAUUCCCACCAAACCAUUUAGCUUCUGUUAGGAGCUUAGCAAUAUAUUCAAUGGCACUCUUAUAUCAGAAGAAAGAAACUUCUGCUGCAGUCCAUGGUAAAUGUUUAAUAGACGAGUGCACGAGUGCUAAUCUUUCCAGCUUUAAGUGCCUAUAUGUGAUUAUUUGAAUGGGGAGGAGAAGAAUGAAAAAUAGGAUAAAUACACUCCUUCUUAGUCAGAAUUGAUCAUCUUUUCCACUGAUUAGCUCAGAGAAUUUUAAGUAUAAACUUCUUAGUGAAAAGAUAAUUUAAUUCAUUCUUAUUCAGGGUUAAUAUUAGUUUAUUAUUGUGGCUUAAAAGGCAGGUAUAAAAGCUGCCCGUCAUAGCCUCCCUAGUUACUGGAAGAAUGUGCAAAGUGUUAUUCCAUGUGUCAUAUAGACAAAAAACAGCUGUCAGAGCAGAUAUUUAAGAAAGGUGAGAGUGAAAACAUUGUCUCUACUAUGGCGAAGAUGGCCGUGUUGGUCUUUGAACUGCGCACUGGGAAUGGCUGCAAUUUUGCAGUGCAGCAUAGUGCCGUGGGCUUCACUGGGUGGCAAGACACGUGUGUUUAGUUUUGUGGCCUUCCAGCACUUAUUAUUUUCAGCUUUUAAAAAAUGCUUAGAAGAAAAGCUUACCAAAAAUGUAUUUUUACUUUUAGCCUUUCCAAGAACCAUAAUCUUGCCCAUAGUUUUUACCUCAUUUUUGUCUCUUUUGCUGUGGGUAAGCUUCAUAAGAUAAAUAAUGUCUGUGCGUGUUUCAACUGUUUAAUGAGUAAUCAGCGAAAUCCGCCAAGGAGUCCCUCUGGAACCAUAUAAAGAUUCUGGCUCUGAAUGAACCAGAAGUGUGUGCCCACAUGGCAAAUGAUCCAUGUUAAUGUAAAUCCUUUUUAGUGUUAACGUCUGUUCUUCAUAAGCAGGUGUAUUAUGAUGAAACAUGUACCAAUUCUGUCAUCACUGUGAUCUUUAAAAAUCUGCAUUUAACAAUCUAGUUGAAGAA